AUUAUUAUUCCAAGUAAGAGAGUACUACAAAUAGGCUUUUCCUUCAAUAUUCAAUUAUUCAUUGAACUUCUUUUGUGGCCCCUUUAAGCAAGAAAUCUUCAUUUAAGAGGAAAAAGAGGAUGGAUUAUUCAAUAUGGUUUCAGAUUGUAGUUUGUAUUCUGAUGUUGUUAAGAUCAGUGAAUGGUUUUAAAGUUCCAAUAACCUUUAUUCAAGAUGCUGUUGCUAAAGGAGGUGUAUGCUUAGAUGGAAGUCCACCAGCUUACCAUUUUGACAAGGGAUCGGGUGCUGGUAUUAAUAACUGGUUGAUUCAUAUGGAGGGAGGAGCAUGGUGUAAUAAUGCAACUACAUGCUUCGAGCGUACAAAAACUCGUUUAGGGUCAUCUAAAUUGAUGACCAAACAAUAUACUUUCUCAGGGAUACUCAGCAACCAAGCCAAAUACAAUCCUGACUUCUAUAACUGGAAUCGAGUUAAGAUUCGAUACUGUGAUGGAUCAUCUUUCACUGGAGACGUCGAAGUUGUUAAUCCAAAAGCUAAAGUUUAUUACAGGGGAGCUAGGCUUUGGAGGGCAAUUAUGGAUGAGUUAUUAGCUAAAGGAAUGAAAAAUGCUAAAACUGCAUUGUUUUCUGGGUGCUCAGCUGGUGGACUGGGAGCUAUUCUGCAAUGUGAUAAUUUUCGAGCUUUGUUACCUUCUAGUGCUAAAGUUAAAUGUCUGUCUGAUGCCGGUUUCUUUAUUAAUGCCAAAGAUGUCUCUGGAGCAUCACAUAUCCAACAAGUAUUUGCUGAUGUUGUUACAACACAUGGUUCUGCAAAAAACUUGCCACCAUCCUGCACCUCAAAAUUUGAUCCUAAACUUUGCUUGUUCCCUCAGUAUGCUGCUAGGGGAAUCAAAACACCAUUGUUUCUACUGAAUGCAGCCUACGACGCAUGGCAGAUAAAGAACAUCUUGGCACCAGGUGUUGCUGAUCGCCAUGGGACAUGGCACGAUUGCAAGGCUGACAUAAAAAAGUGUUCUAAUACUCAGCUACAAACCAUGCAUGGAUUCAGACAAGAUUUCUUAGCCGCAUUAACAUCCUUAGGUGACUCGCCUUCUAGAGGUUAUUACAUCAACUCUUGCUAUAGUCAUUGCCAAUCAGGAACUCAAGAGACAUGGUUAAGGAAUGACGCACCCUUACUAAAUAACACGAUGAUUUCAAAGGCAGUGGGAGACUGGUUCUAUGACAGAAAACCAUUUCAGAAGAUCGAUUGCCCUUACCCAUGUGACAAAACCUGUCACAACCGUGUGUUCGAGUAACAACUAACAACUAUGGAUCGAAGUUUCUCUUCUUUUUGCGCGCAUUCAACUCCAUGAUUGCAUAAUUUAUACACACUAUAUACUGUAUUUUUCAACAUAUGUAUUAAUAAGUUAAUGGCUCUCAAUUGUCAUAAAUCAUGUCACUUAGUAUGUUUUCCCAUAAAUAGCAAACUUAAUGUAUAAUCAUCAAAUUAAUACGAAUACAAUAUUGGCCUUUGGGUUGCUUCA